CGCACACACGCACCAGGACCAGAGUCCUCUGGACACGCCCUGCUGAGGAAACACUACCAUUCUUCCUGCUGAAGGUUCGCCCACGCUGCUCUGCGAGGAAGCUGUCCUCCAUCGUCACCUUCAACAAAAACGCUUCUCCUCUUUUUACCCCGGCCGAGGAAACACACCAUCCCAGGGCUGACAUUCCCUUCAGAAGGCAGAUUUUUUUAUUUUUUUAUUUUUUAUUUUUAUUUGAAAAUUUGUUUUCCAUUUUUAAAAAAAGCUAAAGAAGAAGAAAAAACAAAAAAACAAUCAUCACUGAAGGAAAGAAGAAAAGAAGACCUGCCAAUCGAAGGACCAAAAUCCCCACCAUACUGGUCCAUUAAGAAUGGUUACACAGAUAAUCAGCACCAUGGAGACUCAGGGGUCUAAUGGUCCCGCUGCUAACUGUCUCUCCAACGGGCCAGUCAUGGGCAGUGGCUCUGCAGAUGACAGCAAGACCAACCUGAUCGUCAACUACCUGCCCCAGAGCAUGACCCAGGAGGAGUUCAAGAGCCUGUUCAGCAGCAUCGGGGACAUAGAGUCCUGCAAACUGGUCAGAGACAAGAUCACAGGUCAGAGCCUCGGCUAUGGCUUUGUAAACUACGUGGAUCCCAACGACGCUGACAAAGCCAUCAACACCCUAAACGGACUGAAACUGCAAACCAAAACUAUCAAGGUGUCCUACGCCCGGCCUAGCUCGGCCUCCAUCCGCGAUGCUAACCUGUACGUCAGUGGUCUGCCAAAGGCUAUGAGCCAGAAGGAGAUGGAGCAGCUGUUCUCUCAGUAUGGCCGCAUCAUCACCUCCCGUAUCCUAGUGGAUCAGGUCACAGCAGGCAUAUCGCGAGGCGUGGGCUUCAUCCGGUUUGAUAAACGGAACGAGGCGGAGGAGGCCAUCAAAGGCCUGAACGGGCAGAAGCCCUUAGGCGCUGCCGAGCCCAUCACCGUCAAAUUCGCCAACAACCCCAGCCAGAAGACGGGCCAGGCCCUGCUCACCCAGCUGUACCAGACAGCAGCCCGCCGCUACACCGGGCCCCUGCACCACCAGACACAGCGCUUCAGACUCGACAAUUUACUAAACGCCAGCUACGGAGUGAAGAGGUUCUCCCCCAUCACCAUCGACAGCAUGAGCAGCCUGGCAGGCGUCAGCCUCUCGGGCCCCUCGGGGGCCGGCUGGUGCAUCUUCGUGUACAACCUGUCCCCUGAGGCAGACGAGAGCGUGCUGUGGCAGCUGUUCGGGCCCUUUGGAGCCGUCACCAACGUCAAGGUGAUCCGCGACUUCACCACCAACAAGUGCAAGGGCUUCGGCUUCGUCACCAUGACCAACUACGACGAGGCAGCCAUGGCCAUCGCCAGCCUGAACGGCUACCGCCUGGGCGACCGCGUGCUGCAGGUGUCUUUCAAGACCAGCAAGCAGCACAAGGCCUGAGCAGCGGAGCACAGAGGGGGAUUCAUCGCCACAACUCCUUAAACCUGCGGGACAGCUGCCCAGCUUCCUGUACAUUCACCCUACGAGACUGAGGAGUCUCUCUCUCUCUCUCACAUACACAGGGAGACACACAGACACACACACGUGUGCACAAGCGUACAACCGCGCACACGUACACACACACGCGCGCGUAUACUUAUACACACAAAUGCACACGCACACACAUAUACUCACAAACUGGAAGGUAGAGUUUUUUUUUCUUUAUUUUUCUCUUUACACAACACCUUCUUUAUGUUCGUAUCAAAUUUUCAAAGCGUAGUCAGCAUAAGGAGGUGUGCAGGGAGGGGAAAGGUAUGAAGGUGGCUGAACUAUCUGCAAAAAUUCAGAAGCUGGACACUACUGAACAAAGCGAAUAUACAUACAUACUGACCCAACAUAUACCACCUCCUGUUCCCCAGAUUACUUUAGGACACUUCCAAUCAAUGGUUUUUGGGAUAUAGACAUAUCGGCUGGAUAUACAAGAAGGUUAUUAGUCGGUGAGCAGUUUAUUACACAGCCUAAAGAGCAGCCUGGACUAAUCUGUGUCAGAUUUAACAAAUGCCACACCAACACCGCUUGCACACACACGCGCCUCAUGCUUAUACAGACAACCUCUAGCUCUUUUCAUACAUAUAUCCUCUAUUGAGGAUGCUAUCAAGAAAAUGAAAGCUGAUUUGGCUCACAAGAUUCUCGCGUUAAUUUUCCGAUGAGCUUUUUACACUUAGAAUCGAGAACAUGAUGUACCUACAAUAAGGUAUGUAACACUGUUCCCAUGGUUACAGCCUGAAUGUGUAAUCCGGUAGAAAACAGAAAAAAUUACACCCGGACACAGGAUUUACCUAAAAUAUCCUGAGAUUACACCAGAACACACCAAUUGCCCUCAAAUACGGUGAUUACACCAGAAUGCAGUAUUCACCCGCAAAUACACAGCAGAACAUAGCAAUUACCCUAAAAUAUACUGCAGUUUGGCCAAAACCUCACAGUUAUGGAGAAUCCAUGAUUAGACUAUUUUAAGUUUUUAGAUCAGGUUGUAAUUAGACUCAUAGUGUCAUGAUUGAAACUAUUCUUAAAAUAUGUGAUUUUGAAUUCACAAAUCCCAAAAUGUUAUGAUGGUGAACAGGAUAAUAACAGUUUGAGAAGUAAACUACCCCCCACACCGUAACACCAUCCACUCUAUCUGCAUUCACCCUAUGUUGACGCACUUCUCCACCCAUUCUAACAACGUCUACGCCAUGUACACCCACAUCCCCUCUGUCUACAUCCACCCUAUACACCCACAUCCCCUCUGUCAACAUCCACCCUAUACACCCACAUCCCCUCUGUCAACAUCCACCCUAUACACCCACAUCCCCUCUGUCUACAUCCACCCUAUACACCCACAUCCCCUCUGUCUACAUCCACCCUAUACACCCACAUCCCCUCUGUCUACAUCCACCCUAUACACCCACAUCCCCUCUGUCUACAUCCACCCUAUACACCCACAUCCCCUCUGUCUACAUCCACCCUAUACACCCACAUCCCCUCUGUCUACAUCCACCCUAUACACCCACAUCCCCUCUGUCUACAUCCACCCUAUACACCCACAUCCCCUCUGUCUACAUCCACCCUAUAUACUCUGAUAUCCACUGUACACUUUAAACCCACACUUUCCGCACACAGCCUUCUAGGUUUUAGCCUUCCACCCUCCCUUCAUGCCAAAUCAGACUAAAACAGACAUUGAAUGAAAUGUAAUAUAAUAAAUGAAAUCAUAUAUUACCACUCUAAAUUUGAAAUGUAAAAAGUAAAUGAAAAAAAAGGUUGCCAGUUGUAUUUACCUUUUAUAAAAGAUGAGUUCACCAAAGAGGACGAUGAUCAGGAGAGGAGCGAUGAGAGGGUCAGGAAGUACAAAAUACAUCUAUUUUUAUAAAAAACGAAAUGAAAAGACCUUGGAUUUUUACAAAUUUUUAGCUGAAAAAUAUUUUCCAGUGGAUGUUUUUUAAUGAUGGAAAGGUAGGGGACAGACCGAUUUGGGAAGUGAAACUCACAGGUCAAAAAAAAUGCUGAGAACUGACUAAUCAAAAAAAUUGAUUUUCAUAAUAUCUGACAAUCCCUGACAAAAACUGCAGAGCAAUACUCACCCUCAGCAAAAAAUUUUAUCAGCCAUUAUUUCAAGCAUUGUUUGGUUCACACCAUAUGCUUUCAUGGUUCUUGAGAAAAAAACAUUAGUAACUUUGCGACCAAGACGAAAAUAAACCCUUUGUUUUAAACAUUUCUAAAUCAACAGCUUCACCCCUUUACACUGGGAGAAAACAUCAAGCCUUCAAUAAUUUCAAAGAUUCCAUUUUUUAAAUGUUUUAGUCAAAUCUAAAGACCGUCUCAAUUUUAAGACAUGCCAACCACCAAGGGGUUUCGAAACAACUGGGUUUCUGUAGAACAGUGUUGAUCUAACCAAAUAUAACUGUCAGUGAUAAUUCAUCAAGGAAGAUCAGAGCCAUCUAGAGCCCUGAGAGAAGCCUCAAUUUAUGUUCACUUAUUAUACAGGAGUUUGAUCUUUUUUUUUUCUUUCUCCUGCAAAUACUGCAAACAAACACAAGAAUUGGGACUCCGAGGCCAUGAUUACACACAUUUCUUGCUCAUGAAUACAGACUCACACAAACACUCUCGUACACUCUCCGUCUCCCAGGCACACAUAAUGUACUAAUAUCCUUCACAACUACACACACACUUUCGGGUGUUGUUGGCUUCACCGUGACGAGCAGGAGAAAGGAGCUUGUUAAAGCAUGGCCUCAGCAGGCCGCAUCCUCAGUAAAUACUGCUGCGCCUCAAGGACACUGAAGAGGCUAGCGUACUGCAGCGCGCGCUCGCUCGCGCGCACGGCGAUGGUAGAAACCGUUACGACGCUUUUCAUACGGAACAGCGAGUGUUAUGUGCUUCUUUUAUAGAUUGAGAGCAUAAAAUAUAAAUAUAUAUUUUUUAAAAAACAAAUUAAGGGUCAUGCUGAAAUUGCAGAAAAGUGAAAGUAUCAAAUGUAAACAAAGCAGAUAAGAUAAAAAGUGGAAAAAUAAUACUUGUUAAACUACUUUUUAAAAAGUGUUAAUACAGACUUCUGUCCACUGAAUCAGUUCCAAUGAUUGUGUUCUGAUCACACACGGCUGAAAUUUUUACAAAAAAACAAACAAAACUUGAAACUUAAAGGAAACAACAGCAAAAGGCUGGAAGGGACAACCUAAAUAUUCAGUUUCUGCCCAUGACCGUUUCAGAAUAAAAUCAUUUUCCUUUAAGUUAUUGGGGUUCUUUCCAUAACAGAUUCAUAUGUUUUUUUUGUUUGUUUGUUUUUUUUUAGCAUUAUGUGUCACUCGUUAGUAAGUCCAGUACUUUAUUGCAUUGCUAUUUAUUGGGUACCAGUUUUCAAUGACUUUUGUUUCAUUAUUUAAAAUAUAAUUACUAGCCGGUUUUAGUGUUUGCAGACUUUAGAAUUAGUAAUUUUUUAUUUCAAUUCAAAUGUGUUGGAUUGUGUUUGUAAGUCUGUGGUAGCUUUUAAUGCAACAAAAAUACAAGAUAGCGCCACCAAACUUGUAUCAUUUGGGCGACUUUAAGCUUGUAGUUUUAACUUAUUGUUAACUUAAAAACUAUUUAUUAUUGCCUCGUAUAAAAGUAUGUUUUGUGUAUAUUUAUUAAUUAUUUCAUUAUAUUUGCAAGUUUAACUGACUUUAAUUUUGCCAAACUGUGGUUACAGUGAUGUUUUCUUCAGAGGGGACACAAAGUUUUUAAAAAUGUAUGAGUUAGAUCCUCCACUAGCAGGGUGGACUGAAUUAAAGAACAGAGAAGUGUGUAAACACCGGAUUCUGUUUUCUGGAGGUUUGGACCUUAUUACCAGUUUUUGGUUUGUCUUGUGAAAUCAAAGCCUUUUGAUUUUUUUCAUCUUUCAUGCUGUAUGAAAAGAUUUUAUUUCGUUUCCCAAAGCACUUUCAGAAGCCCAGUGUAGGGGCCAGGGGCUCCCCCUGCAGGUCAGCCUGUGAAGCACGCUCCUUCCUGCCACGCGCCCAGCUUCACUGUGCUGUGCUACGCUGCCCACAGUCGGACAUGGGAGAGAACAGGACAUAAUGAGAGAUGGCUAUAACAAGGGGCCUGGGAUAACAAGAGAUAGGAAUAAUGCGGUACAGGAAUAAUGAGGAUUGGGAAUAAUGGGGUAAAUUCCCAUGGCGGGAUAUGAGGGGGCAGAGAUAAUUUGGCAACAGAGAUGGCGUGGGCACAGAUAAGGAAGGAACAGGGCAAGUGGCAGGAAGGAACCAAUAAGGUCAGUGCUACCUGCAGCUUCUUUUCCGUUUUAACACCUUUCUUCUUUAUUCGGGGGAAGAGACCCAGUUACUUUUCUCUUCUUUUAACAUUGACAUUGGUCAGCAAAACAAAGCAAAUAACGCUCAAAUGGUAACAGUCCAGACGAAGUUGAUAUCUGAAGAUGAAAGCGAACAAAGCUAAAUGUUUCUCCAACUUCCAAACAUGAUCAAGUGACAAUAACGUAACAGAAAAGAUUUGCUUCGGUUCUCUCUUUUCCGUUGAAGGAUCUUUAAUACUGGGGUUUCAGGUGAAGACACUUGAAGACUUUUUCAUGAGAUUGUUUAAUUAUUUGUACUUUUCAUGCCAGAAAAAAUUGAAAUAAAAGUUACAGAUCUGAA